UUCGGUGGGGCGAAAUCGAAAUAUUAACUCUCGUUGAUUGACUUGAGUGAAGUUGCUGUAUGUUAUACGGGCAACACACAAAAAUGUCGUGUUAAUUGUUAAAAGGAAAAGUAAGUUCCACGAGAAAGCACACAUACAUUACGGACAUUAGGUACAUUUAUACCUAUAGUGUCAAAUUGAAGAGAAGUGAAGAGAGAAUAUAAAAGUAAAAACGAUUUUAAUACAAAGUGAUUAUAAAACGAAAUUGAAAUAACCAACGAAUAACCGAUUGUAUUUUAAAAAAUUUAACAAAAUAAAAACUAAUUCGUAGUUUUAAAACCGCAAAAUGGCCGAUCCGCAAGGAAAAAAUCGCUUGCAAGAAUUUAAAUACAAAGGCAAAGAUCAAGAUGAGAUGCGAAGAAGACGUAAUGAAGUGACAGUGGAACUACGUAAAAAUAAGCGUGAGGAAACGAUUUUGAAGCGUCGUAACGUGCCCGACUCUACCGACGAAGAUGAUUCGGUCAAUUCAGUGAAUUUGGCAAAAUUAGUGGAGAAUGCUGGUGACGCUAGCGAUCCGGAAAAGCAAUUAGCAGCUGUGCAAGCUGCACGAAAAUUAUUGUCAUCCGAUCGUAAUCCGCCCAUCGAUGAUUUGAUAAGCAGUGGCAUUUUACCAAUCCUCGUGGAAUGUUUAAAGCACAAAGAGAACACAAUUCUACAAUUUGAAGCGGCUUGGGCACUCACAAACAUUGCAUCAGGCACAUCAAUGCAAACGAAUCAGGUGGUUGCAGCGGGUGCGGUACCAUUGUUUCUCGAAUUACUCAGUUCACCAUCGCCGAGUGUAUGCGAACAGGCGGUAUGGGCGCUAGGUAAUAUUAUCGGUGAUGGUCCACAUUUGCGUGACUAUGUAAUUAAACAUGGUGUGGUGCAACCAUUGUUAUCGUUCAUCAAACCCGAUAUACCAAUUUCAUUUUUGCGUAAUGUCACAUGGGUUAUUGUGAAUUUGUGUCGAAACAAAGAGCCACCACCACCAACAGAAACCAUACAAGACAUUUUACCGGCACUCAAUCAUUUGAUUUAUCACACGGAUGUCAAUAUAUUGGUUGAUACGGUAUGGGCAUUAAGCUAUUUAACCGAUGGUGGUAACGAUCAAAUUCAAAUGGUCAUCGAAAGUGGUGUUGUACCGAAGCUAAUCCCAUUGAUUGCUCAUGUUGAGGUGAAAGUUCAAACAGCUGCGCUACGUGCCGUUGGCAAUAUUGUAACCGGUUCGGAUGAACAAACACAAGUAGUACUCAAUUGCGAUGCGUUGUCCUAUUUCCCAGCAUUAUUGAGCCAUCCGAAAGAGAAAAUUCGAAAAGAAGCCGUUUGGUUUUUGUCAAAUAUCACGGCUGGCAAUCAGUCGCAGGUACAAGCGGUCAUCGAUGCCGGUCUCCUGCCAAAAAUCAUAGACAACUUAAGUCACGGCGAAUUUCAAACGCAAAAAGAAGCCGCAUGGGCCAUUAGUAACCUAACAAUCAGCGGAAAUCGAGAACAAGUUGCACAAUUGAUUAAAGACAACGCAAUACCACCAUUCUGUAAUUUAUUAACAUGUAAAGAUACACAAGUGAUUAAUGUUGUUCUUGAUGGUAUCAAUAACAUGCUGAAGAUGGCUGGUCCGCACGUAGUCCAAAUUGCAAAUAUGAUCGAAGAAUGUGAUGGAAUGACGAAAAUCGAAGAAUUGCAAAAUCACGAAAACGUUGAUAUUUACAAAUUAGCCUAUGACAUAAUAGAACAAUUCUUUUCCGACGAAGCGGAUGAUGCAAAUUUGGCGCCAGCAGCAGACGAAAACGCAUUUCAAUUCAAUCAAACGUCUGAUAUACCAAACGAAGGAUUCAAGUUCUAAUACAAAAAUCAUGUUUACAAAAACGGCAUUCAAAUUCUCAUCGAUAUCAACGUCAGUAGCAGCAGCAGUAACAAUAAUAACAACAUGAAUACACAGGAGAUCAAACGUUUGUUAAACAUACAAUAGAAAAUGAAUGAUGAAUACUAAAUAAAUCCAAAAUCCGCAAACUUACAUGCAAACAUCAACAGCGACAUAAACAGUAUGCCGCCAUCAACCCAACAGACAACCACAACAACAAGCAAAACAAUUAAUGCAAAGCAGAAAGAAGGAAAAUAAUUCUUUUUAAAGCAAUUUAUCCAAAAAUGGUUUUUAAUAUGAUAGACUUUCCGAUUAAAUGCGAUUUUUUAAAAGCUCUCCCAAAUGAAAAAAAAAAACACAAAAACACAAAUUUAAAACAAACGAUCCAUCUUCUUCUCUUUUAAUUUAUAGCUAUAUCCAUUAAAUCGAAUAAAAUAGAUAGAGAGAAAUAGAACGUUUUCUCCUCGACCAGAGAUAUAAUUCGCAAAUCGUAGGAAAGAUGAAGAAUGCAAAUAAAAUCUUAAUCUCGCAAGCAAUAGUUAAUUUUCAAUGAACAAAUAAAACAAAGAAUAAAAAUGAAAAAGAAACACACACAAAUGUUGUACAUCCAAAACAUCUCUAGAACAAUAGAAACAUUGAAAAAAUAAAUCGAAAAAACGAAAAUCUAUGAAACAAUAAAGGAAAUGAUUAUAUAUAUA